CUCAAAUAUCCAGACGUGAGCGCCAUCUGAGCCAGUUAAAACAGUCAAGUGAAAAGUUUCCAAGCUCCACUUCUUGUCUAAACGUCUGCCAGUGAAGACCGGGAGGGAACCAACUAACACCACACAAAAUGAGCGACCUCAGCAAAAACGACAUCGAAAGGGCAUCCUUCGCCUUCUCCAUCUACGAUUUUACCGGAAAUGGUAAAAUCGACGCUUACAAUCUGGGUGACGUCCUGAGGGCGCUCAACUCCAACCCCACACUGGCUACCAUCGAGAAACUCGGUGGCACUAAGAAGAAGGGCGAGAAGCAACUUUCGGUUGAAGAGUUCCUUCCCAUCUACGCCCAGUGCAAGAAAGACAAAGACCAGGGCGUCUAUGAAGACUUCUUAGAAUGUCUGAAACUGUACGACAAGAAUGAGAACGGUCUGAUGCUUGCUGCUGAGCUGACGCACACACUCCUUGCUUUAGGUGAAAAACUCAAUGAUGAAGAAGUAGCGGAAAUCACAAAGGACUGCAUGGACCCUGAAGACGACGACGGCAUGAUCCCAUAUGCAUCAUUCCUGAAGAAGGUGAUGGCGUAGAGGAUGUACCUGUCGUCAAAUCUUUAGUUAUAAGAUCCUUUCCUCAAAAAAAUGGUUGAAGGCUGGUCACCCAAAAAGACGGAAGGCGCGGCGGCACCGGCAGAGGCGCCAGCGCAAGGCUAAGACCUCGUGCUCCGACCCAUCCGCGCCAGCCCCCGUAACACCAGAACGCCGUAUCAACCAUCACACAAUACGGACUGUACCUUUUUAUACGAUUAAACAUCUUGUACAACAAACUCUCAAUGAAUGUACAUAUUUAAUAUUAAAUGUCGAGCACUGUAAACGCGCUUUGUACGUGUCAUUUUAAAUUUAUUAUUAUUUAUUAAGUUUAUAAUUACAAAAUAAAAAAAAACAAACCACAACUAUUUUAUAAUAAAAUAUUAAAACGUUCCAUCUUGUCUGUAUGUGCGUAGUUCUUUGUUAUUCUUUGAAUAUUUACUUGGUUACCAAAAUGCUUACCAUAGUUAAUGAAAGUUAAUUAGAAGUAAGAAAAUUAUAAAACAGUGACAGUGGAAAUACAUUUAACUAAAUUAAAA